AUGCCCUCGCCGCUGCCACCAAAAUCUCACGCGAGCCCAAGAGAUCCCCAAACCCUACCUACACUCGCCCGCCGGCCAGUGCACUCGGGGAUCCUCGAAUCGAGCAGGUUGACGGAGGAAGAAGGGAGCCUCAAAGAUGUUCCGCAACCAGUACGACACCGACGUUACCACAUGGAGCCCCCAGGGGCGCUGUUCCAGGUGGAGUACGCCAUGGAGGCCGUCAAGCAGGGAUCCGCCUGCGUCGGGCUCUGCUCCCGCACCCACGCCGUCCUCGCCGCCGUCAACAAGCCCGCCUCCGAGCUCUCCUACUACCAGCGGAAGGUGUUCCGCAUCGCUGAGCACGCCGGGGUCGCGCUCGCCGGCCUCACCGUCGACGGACGCGUCCUCUCGUGCUUCCUCCGCAACGAGUGCAUCAACCACUCCUUCGUCUAUGAGGCGUCGCUCCCCAUCUCUAGGCUCGCGCUCAAGCUCGCCGACAAGGCGCAGUUUUCCUACUGGCUUGCCCUUAGUCCGCACGGUUAUACUGAAGGUCUCCGUCCUCCACAAGUCUGA